GGAUUUGAUUUAAUUUGAAUAUCCCUUCCCCUCUCUCCGUUCCUCCACUCCCUAAUACCUUUCUCCAAUUCUUUUCCCAUACCCUUUCCUUCCUCUUCCACCAUCGACACUUCUUUACCUCCUCCCUUCCUACCUUUACACCCCCUCCCUCCUUCAUUCAUCUCCCCAUCUCGAAUUUCUCAUCACAUAAUCCCAUAUUCAGCUUCAGAGAGUUCCACACCACAGCCUCGUAUCCAAACUCCAGCUAGGCUAUCAUGUUUACGCCUUGUCCGGGUAUAGUCAUUCGCCUUGUGUUGAGUCAGACCCGCCAGCAUAGAUAGAAGUACAGCGAACAAUAUACAAAAUUUACUGGGAUUUUAUGUAAGAAUGCUGUAUCAUCUUAUACAGGGUCAAAUUAGACCCAAGUUUCUUAAUAAACCAACUUAACCAUAACCAAAUGACUGGACCCAAAUAGUAAAUAGUGAGGGUUUAGGUUAGGGUGUGUGGAGAGGAGAAUGGUAGCCAUUAUUGUAUCACCCACUCACCUCCCUCUGCCAGUUCAGUUCACUAACGCCAGUGUUGUGUUACAGUUGUGUUUCGUGGGUCAGGACUGCCAGAGGAUACCCAGCAUCCUCGGUGCCACCUAUGGCCUCCAGACGAAGCGACUUGACCUCUCUUACAACGCCAUCCGGUCGUUGGAGGGGCUGGAGAAGUUCCCUUACCUAGAAGAAAUCAUCCUAGACAACAACUUCAUCGAUGAUAACCUGGUUCUCCCCUUCCUCGCCACUUUACACACCCUCUCCCUCAACAAGAACAAGGUAACCAAUUUGGAGAAGCUGGUGGAACAAAUUAGGGAACGGCUGCCCAACCUGCGGUACCUCAGUCUCCUGGGUAACGAAGCCUGCCCCGACCAGCUCUCCUGCGCUGACAAAGAUGAGAAGGACUACCGCAGAUACAGACUGUAUGUACUGAACCGACUGCCCACCCUCAAGUUCCUGGACUCGACGGGGGUGCGGCGGAGUGAGAGGAGAGAAGCAAGGACCCGAGGCGCCUUGUCCAAAACCGUGCGGCCACAACAAACCUCUCCUCUCUCCUCCACCCAGGCCAAGAUGAUAUAUGAUUUGGGAGGAGGUGGAGGAAAUCACUCGUCGACAACUUCUGAAGUGAACCACAAGCCCAGACGGUCGGCCAUGGACAGGCGGGAACAGAACGGAUCAGCUGGUAAACGUGGCACACCAGAACCCAUCUCACCAAACACCCAUACAGGAGCAUACGGCUUCCGGAGGUAUCGUUACGUAGGCCAGCACUCGGAGGGUAACCGCUUCAUCAACAACGAGGCUCUUUGAGGCGGACGUUCACACACCCACUAUCUCCACCUGCAGAUAUUCCAUUGUCAACAGUGUUUAUUAUUUACGGAGGAUUUAGUUUUGUAACAAUACAUGCAGUACAUGACACUAGCCAGGGUGUUAGUGUGGUUUUUGCUGAUUAUAGUAAGAUUAUUAUUAUCUCUGUACAAUAUAGGUUUAUGCAUCACACGGCCCAACUAUGGGGAAGUGUGAAUGGUUAAGAUCCGGAAAAGGUCAACCACAGAACUCUAUAUUGAUUUGUAUAUAGGGAGAUAGACCAAUCCCCAAAAAUUACUUGUUGAAAAUUUCGUCUGAUAUUUAAAUUUUUCGAUUUUUUUUCUAAUCAAUUUAACUUUAAAAAAAGCAAAUUUGAAAAAAAAAGUGGGCAGGUCCUUAGAGUCGUAGGAAAUUUGGGGUUAAAAACGCGCAAAAAACUGACGAAAUGGAACCUAAGCUGUUACAGAAAACUUUAAAAGACUCUAAUGUUUAAGAACAGGUGCCUGAGUUUAGGAGCCAAAUUAGGAUAUUUUACAAUAGAAGAAAUGGUUUUCAGUUGAUCAAGAACUUCCCAAAAUUGAUGGAGGAAAAUUUUUUACCAAACAAAAAGAUCAUAAAAAACCUAACCUAACAAUUCUCAAAUGUCAGUAAACUGUAAUGUACGUGUUUAAAAUAACCAAACCAGAGGAUCUGACCCAAUCUCCUAUCCAGGGUGGACCCCCUGCUGUGUAAACUUAACUUAACCCAACAAGACAAAAUACAGACAAAGGAACCAAAAGAACCAAACUUGAAUUAAAAAAGAAAGUCAGAAAAACUGGAAAAUUUUAAAUUUCGGACAAAAACUCUAUAGAGUAAAGGUUUCUUAUCCUUGUUAUGCUCUAUUUCCUUAUAUACAAAUCAAUAUAGAGUUCCCUGACUGACGUUUUCCGAAUUUUAACCAUGUUCAGUGUUUAUAGGAACUGAAAUGGUGAAGAAUUUUAACUUGUUCUUUAAUAUCACUUAAUACCAUUUGAAUUUUAUCAUCCAAAGCUUUGAACCUUGAAUAGUAAUCUUCAUCUUUGAGUUUCCUUCCCCCAAAUUGUAUCAUUCCUUUUGUAGGUGUCAGCCAUGUAAUUUUUUUUUUUUCAUAAAGACACUAUCAGUCAUCUCCCAUUUUUUUUUAAGUUUUUGUGUACAUGAAGAGACUGUUAUAUAAAGACCUUCCCUCUACAGUACACUUGUUAUCAUGAUACAUUACAAUGUCUGUUUUAAAUACAUGAAAGUUCUUUAUGUUUACAAGA